UGACGGUAGCACGGUAGCCGAACCAUUCAUCAAUUGAGGCCCGGGCCCAGGGCUGGAAGAUUGAGACGUUUGCUCUAGAUAUUAUUAAUAUUCGGUCCGUUUCGUUCCGUGAGCUCAAUAGAUACACGGGAUAAGCAAAAGCUAGAAUAUGUUGAAGUACGCGUGACUAAGAUGUCCGUUACAUGGAUAAUAACUGGUUAAACACCUUAGAAAUGAUUGAAAGUGGGUGCCUUAUAGAUCAGUAGUUCAGGAACAGCUCCUUCUUAAGAAAUGCAUGCUUUGAUCGUUGCAAAUGUCCUUGCUUUUGUAGUGUUCAUGGCACACUGAGUCACCUGUCGGAUCUCUUCGAUCAACUGUCAAAUUAGUGCGACUGAAGCAAAGGCCCCAUUCGGAAACAACAGCAGCCAAAAGCUGCAAUCUCACCACAGAAACUCAUCACCCAACCGAGUAGUUAGCACUUCAAUCUGUCUUCUCCUGUGAGAGAGCACAUUGCACCUUCCCUUAGAUCAGUGGCCAGUAUCAGCAGGGAGUCAUCUUCAGUGUAGCAAUGUGCAUCCAGCAGCAGCAGCAGCAGCAGCAGGUUCAGGAAGGAAAAUUAAUCGUAUCACAAUCGCCACCCGAAGCGCAACGGCAAGUGUGAUGGACGUCGAAAUCCCUUCCCCCGCCCAUUGGGUCAGCUAAUUUUUCCCCCUCCAAAAAAAAACCAACAAACCCUGUUAUGCCUCCGACGAUGGUGAAAAGACCUGCCUAGAAGUGUGCUCUCGAACAAAACACAACAAGGAUGAGCGCGCUAGACACGCGCUUCUCGUAUGCUGCGGGGUUCGUAAAGAGCACGACCCAGCAGCACGCAUCAACAGGGCGCGUCAGUGCGCGUCAGAACGAGCCCUUCAACAAGAACCCACCGUUUCGGUGCACCGGGUUUGGGCGCAGUGGCACCUCAAGCAACAGAAGAAGAAGUAGUCGCAAAAACGCAAGUCACCGCGAUGUUAAAAAGCAGUCCAAACCAUCCCCAUUUUCAGGUUGCCAAAAAGGCUCCCGCUGCCAGAUGUCACCGAAAAACAAACCGUCGAGAACUACCGUUUUCUCCCUUCCCCAACAAAAAUCGUGACUAUCAGCUGCUUUGUGUCCAGUUCGCCCAAACUUCGCACAACGCUUCGUGUCGA